CUUGUCUGACAACGAGCGAACUAUAGGUGGGUGGGCAGUGACGGAGUCCUGCAAGAAUCCUCGAGUUGGCAUCUCCUGGUUUGCUACUUCCUCUUGAUAACAGCACUUACUGAGCAUUCUAGAUCUAGAAUAGGCAGUGAUUAAAACAGGUCAUGCAGCUCUCUCCUACCGCUCGAAACUGCGACUCAACCACGCGAGAUGGGUGUCGACUGCGGCUUUGAUAUCUACCCUCCUCUGGAGCGCACGAAGGCAAACCAGGAGCAGUACGAGCUCUUCCUACGCGAGGUGGUCGACACUUACGGGCCGCGGGAUAGCGAUGACGCAAAACAAAGUGGCGGCGGCAGCGUCUUGCGUGUAAACGCCGAGUCGGAGGAAUCCUACAUUGACUUCGAGGUUGGCGAACAUCCAUACUUACCGCGCCAAUGUGAGCACUUUCUGCGGUUCAGCUCCAAGAUUAGCGGCAGGUCACUCGCUGAGCCAUAUAUCCGAGGAGUCUGCAAGAUCGUGAAGCGAUAGCUGGGGGACCGCGUUUACUUUUGGCAUGAGAUGAACGAGUUUGGCCCGCAUAUUCGCCAUUCCGGUUACUACAAUUGGAAUGAGAUUCACGCUACGCGGAGGAAAAUAAGGGAGCACAAGCAGCCAGACGAGGGAGAGUGGGGAGAGACAAAUAUACAGGACGAGGAGCAAGGUGGCGAUGGGACGGAUAGGAUGGCUGACGUGCCAGCUAGCCGCGGCGGACUAUAUACGAUC